AACUUUGAAAACAGGACACACCACCCCUCCCUGUGAUAUGUUUAUGUGGUAGAUUCAGAACCAAAAAUAGGGUUUCAAUUUUCAAACCUACAAAUUGAGGACGCAAACACACUCCAAUCGGGUCCAAUUCCACACAAAACAACUGCAAUUUCACACCCACAUUCGCCCCAUACAUCUUCCAAUUAACAAGAUUCAACAUUCACGAAGAAAAAUGAUGCCAAAUUCAUCCACCAAAAAAAGGCGAAACAGAGGCGGAGGUCAACACCAACAACAGCAGCGGCAGCAACCGGUUGCGGUUGCGGAGGGUACCCGGAUUCAUAUUCGACGAACCCUUGAAGAGUUUAGGGCUUCUGAUGAAGAUGUGUACACAUUUGAAGCCAACCUUACAAACUUUGAACGUGCUGAGGUGCACAAGUUGUGCAGAAAAAUGGGUAUGAAGUCGGCAAGCUCCGGGUCUAAAACGGGGAAUAAUAGGCGUGUUUCAGUUUACAAGUUCAAGAAAAAGUCAAACGAUACAAAGGAGAAGUCAAAUCUCACAUCUUUUACAUUUUCAGAAGAGGGGAAAACAGUUUUAAGAGAUUUUUUCUCUCAUUAUCCACCUGGUGAUCAUCGGGAGGCUGAAAAUAUUUCAGCCACAUCUAGUAAAAAUACCGAUAACACACGAACAAAAACAGACGAUAUUCUCAGCAAACCUUUGAUGAAAAAGGCAGAAAUUGCAAAGAAGGUUGAAUCACUUGUUGCCAGAUCGCAAUCGGACGUCAAGUUAAAACAGAUUACUGAAGAUAGGUUUAAACUUCCAAUUGCAUCCUUUAAAGACAUGAUUACAUCAACUAUAGAAUCUAAUCAGGUGGUCCUCAUAUCUGGUGAAACCGGUUGUGGAAAGACAACGCAGGUACCUCAAUAUUUGCUGGAUUCUAUGUGGAGUAAAGGCGAUGCAUGUAAAAUAGUCUGCACCCAACCACGGAGAAUCUCUGCAAUAUCAGUGGCUGAAAGAAUAUCGUUUGAAAGAGGUGAAAAUAUCGGAGAGAGUGUUGGAUACAAGAUAAGGUUGGAGAACAAAGGUGGAAGACAUUCAUCCAUUGUGUUUUGCACAAAUGGGGUCUUGUUGAGGGUUUUAGUUAAAGCUGGCAACAGUAGGGCCGGUAAAGAAAAGUCAACAAAGAUGGUCAAAGAUGCAUUUCCAGACAUCACCCACAUCAUUGUGGAUGAAAUUCAUGAAAGGGACCGAUUUUCUGAUUUUAUGCUGACAAUCAUCAGAGAUAUGCUUCCUUUGUACCCUCAUCUACGUGUGGUAUUGAUGAGUGCUACACUCGACGCGGAACGCUUUUCUCAGUACUUCGGAGGUUGCCCAAUUAUACGCGUUCCGGGGUUCACUUACGAUGUGAAAAAGCUCUAUCUAGAGGAUGUACUUUUGCUUUUGAAAUCAAAGUCAACAAAAGUCGGUCAUCGUGACGACCGCACUACAAAAACAAACAUAGACGACGAUUCGGAAUUAACCGAAGAUUAUAAAGUUGCCCUUGAUGAGGCUAUUAAUAUAGCGUGGUCAAGUGACGAGAUGGAUUCCUUAUUAGAUAUCGUUUCAGUUGGUGAAGGAUUAAACGUUCUCAAUUAUCAGCAUUCGGUGACAGGUGUCACACCAUUAAUGGUCUUUGCUAGAAAAGGAAGAGUCGGCGAUAUGUGCAUGCUUCUUUCCUUCGGUGCCGAUUGUCAUUUACAAGACAACGAAGGAAAAACCGCACUUUCAUGGGCAGAACACGAAAAUCAGAAAGAAACUUCCGAGAUUUUAAGAAAACAUUUAAACAAAACAUCAGUAGAUCCAAAAGAAGAAAAACUUUUACUCGAUCGGUAUUUGCAAGAUGUCGACCCAGAGUUAAUUGACGUUAUCCUCAUAGAACAAUUACUCAGAAAAAUAUGUACGGAAUCCGAAGAAGGUGCUAUACUCGUUUUUCUUCCGGGAUGGGACGAUAUAAACAAAGCACGAGAUAAGUUAACUUCAAGUAGUUUUUUUAAAGACACUUCUAAGUUUUUGAUAUUAGCGCUUCAUUCUAUGGUCCCGUCUUCAGAACAAAAGAAAGUUUUUAAAAGACCACCUCACGGUUGCAGAAAGAUUAUUCUUUCGACAAAUAUAGCGGAAACAGCUGUCACGAUUGAUGAUGUUGUUUUUGUAAUAGAUAGUGGAAGAAUGAAAGAAAAAAGUUACGACCCAUAUAAUAAAGUUUCGACCUUACAGUCUUCUUGGAUUUCGAAAGCAAGUGCAAAGCAGCGGGAAGGACGGGCAGGGCGGUGCCAAGCUGGAAUAUGUUACCAUCUUUAUUCGAAACUUCGGGCAGCUUCACUGCUUGAGUUUCAAGUGCCCGAGAUCAAAAGAACGCCUAUUGAAGAACUAUGUUUGCAGGUGAAGCUUCUUGACCCAAGUUGCAAAAUAGAAGAUUUCUUGAAAAAAACAUUAGACCCCCCGGUCUCCGAAUCGAUUCAAAAUGCAAUCACUAUUCUUCAAGAUAUCGGAGCCUUAUCACCAGAUGAAGAACUCACUGAGCUCGGGGAGAAACUUGGUUCGAUUCCCGUUCACCCGUUAACAAGCAAGAUGCUCCUUUUUGCUAUAUCAAUGAACUGCCUUGACCCGGCUUUGACUUUAGCUUGUGCAAAUGACUAUCGAGACCCGUUCACCCUCCCUAUGUUACCUAACGAUAAAAAGAAAGCGACCGCUGCUAAAUGUGAGUUGGCUUCUUUAUAUGGCAGCCAUGGUGAUCAACUAGCGGUAAUAGCAGCCUUUGAAUGCUGGAAAAACGCCAAACAGAAGGGUCAAGAAGCGCGGUUUUGUUCUCAGUAUUUUGUAUCCGGUGGUGUUAUGAAUAUGUUAUUCGGAAUGCGUAAGCAACUUCAACAUGAACUAUAUAGGAACGGGUUUAUUCCGGAAAAUUCAUCUAGGUUUAGUGAAAAUUCUCAUGAUAUUGGUAUAAUUCAUGCGGUUCUUGUUGCGGGUUUGUAUCCGAUGGUGGGAAGAUUACAUCCACCUAGAAAGAACGCGAAACGGAUUGUUAUAGAGAAUGCUAACGAUGAUAAGGUUCGGCUGCACCCUCAUUCGGUUAAUUCUAGGUUAAGUUUUAAGAAAAAAGACGUCAACCCUUUGGUGAUUUAUGAUGAAAUAACACGUGAUGACGGGGGUUUGAAUAUUAAGAAUUGUAGUAUUAUCGGCCCGCUUCCUGUAUUAUUGCUAGCAACGGAGAUUGCGGUUGCUCCUCUUGAUGAUGAGGAUGAUGAUAGUGAAGAUGAUGACGAGACGGUUUAUGAAGAUAGUGAUGAAGACGGUAAUGGUAACGAUGAAAGAUGUGACGAUAAAAUUAUGUCGAAUCCGGAGAAUGUGGUUAAAGUUAUUGCCGACAGGUGGCUUUGUUUCGAGUCAACGGCUCUUGACGUUGCUCAGAUUUAUUGUUUGAGAGAAAGAUUGUCUGCUGCAGUCAUGUUUAAGAUCACACACCCUGGAAAAGAUCUUCCUGAACUACUUGCUGCCUCUAUACAUGCAAUAGCCAAUGUGUUAUCUUACGAUGGACUUUCUGGGAUUAACGGGCCAUUGGAAUCGGUUGACUCGUUGACUUCAAUGGUUCGAGAGACUAAUAUUGGCCAGCCAGGGGCAGUGAGGGGAUCAAAUAACUUUCUUAGAUCACUUUUAUCGAACGGUUCACAACACUACUCCCAGAAACAAGGGGUAGGGUUCAAACAUCAGGUUCAUCGUCAAUAUAAUUCGGCACCACAAAACCGACAUCAAAAUCAGGGGAACGGGUCUAAUGCUCCGAAGGGUGAAACUCACAAACGCCAUCGAGCUUGAAAGUGUUUUGAUGGUUAAGUAGUAUAGUACAAGUCAAUAUCAAUGAAAGCUCUAUAUUGUUGUGAUGUGAUCUUUAAUGUUGUAAGAUUUUCUUACUUUUUUGAAACUCAGUAUUAUGUUAUCAGUUAUAAAUCCAAAUUAAUAGCCAAAAUUGCAUCAA